AUGAAUUCUGCUAACGAUGCCAUUUUUUAUGGCGACAAGAACUCAGCGCACUACAACGAUCUAAGCGAAAGUGCUGCAGACAUGUGUGUGAAAAAUGGAGGCAUUCAAAACGAUUAUAUCAUGAGCAAUGAUGUGACAAGUGAGGGAGUCGAUAUGGCAGUGGAGCCCGGGGAAAAUGGGGCUGGCAAUGCCGCAUACCUACAUACACCUCUCCACCAGCACUCGCCGCCGCACAGAGGGGAGCGAAAAAAAAAACAGUACGGAAAAGCUGAAAGAGACAAAUAUGACCGAAUUGAAGAAAUAGAAAAGUACCUCAACAUUAACAACGCCACGAAUGUUUGCUCGCUCAGAAUUAAAUUAUGGGAGGCACUAAUGCUUUAUGUAAUCAAUGUAAACGCAGAGCUGAUUUACUUCAUAAUAAACUGCCUCAUGGAGGUGGAAGUCUACUGGGGGGAAGAAGCAACCAACAAUUUGCAAGACAUUUUGAGCCUAAUCAACGAUAAAAAGUAUAAAGAAGUGGCAAACAAAAUUGGGGAAACAUUAUCUAGCUUGUCCGUAACGACAGGAAAAGCGACCGAAGAAAAUCCUUUUUUUUACACCCUGAUAGUCUCCUCUAAGAGAGACGAAAAUAGCAACAGCUAUAACUCCGACUUGGCAUGCGAACUGAACAAAAUUCUGCAGUAUGAGCAUAACAGACUGUCCAACCAAAAUAAUAAUAAAAAAUUGGAAUACAAAAUUAUUGAGGUGAGCAACGCGAAGGAGGCCCUCCUAGCUUGCCUAAUAAACUCGCAGAUUUUGUCUGUUGUGCUGGUGGACAAUUUAGCCAUUGAUGAGGACUACAAGAGGGAGCGAUUUGAGUUUUACAAUUUCGGGGAGGAGGCCUCCGUGAACAAGUGCGGCGCGGCGUCGCCCUAUGGGCUGAACUGCGGCAUGGUGGGUGGCGGCGCCCAGAUGAAGCCCGCCUUCACGCACAGCGCGCACAACGGGUCGUCCUCCAACAGCAGGGACGCCAUGCGGAAUAUGAUUCUCUCCAACUAUCGCGGCUGCAGCGGUAACAACGGGAGCGUGUGCAACAAUUACUGCGGUGGGCACUGCGGAAGUGGGCACUGCGCGAACAACCACUACAGCAGCGGCAGCACCGUGCUGAAUGAGCACAGGAAGGGAGCCAACCUGCUCAUGAAGGACUACAAAUUCGACAUAGGGAACUUCGUGCUGGGGUACGAACAGCUGGUGGCUGCGCCCUUGGAGAAGAUGAAGAAGGGGUUCAACAGCCUGGUGAUUCUGAUUAAGAGCAUCGCGUAUAUUAGAAGCUCCGUGGACAUUUUUUGCGUGUGCACGUCCAUCACGCUAGAUAAGCUACAAUCGGUGAAUAACAAAAUAAUUCGGAUUUUCACUACACAUGAUGAUCAUAGUGAUUUGCAUGAAUCUAUCCUGGAUGGGGUGAAAAAGAAGAUAAAGACGCCCUUUUUUAACGCCUUGAAAGCGUAUGCCGAGAGACCCAUUGGGGUGUUUCACGCGCUGGCUAUUAGCAAAGGGAACAGCGUUAGGAGAAGCAGGUGGAUACAAUCGCUGCUCGAUUUUUAUGGGGUAAAUUUGUUUAAGGCAGAAUCUAGUGCCACCUGCGGAGGGCUAGACUCUCUGCUAGACCCACAUGGGUCAUUGAAAGAAGCCCAGAUAAUGGCUGCACGUGCGUACGGGAGCAAGUACUGUUUUUUCGUCACAAAUGGAACCUCCAGUUCGAAUAAAAUAGUGAUGCAGGCCUUGGUGAAGCCAGGAGAUGUUAUCCUAGUGGAUAGAGCUUGCCACAAAUCGCAUCAUUACGGGUUUGUUCUAAGUCAAGCCCUACCCUGUUAUUUAGAUCCCUACCCGGUGUCGAGAUACGGAAUAUACGGUGCAGUACCGAUCUAUGUAAUUAAGAAGACGCUCCUAGAGUAUAGAAAUAGUAACAAGCUACACCUGGUGAAGCUGAUAAUUCUGACGAAUUGCACCUUUGACGGAAUUGUGUACAACGUGAAGAGGGUCAUCGAGGAAUGUCUAGCCAUCAAGCCAGAUUUGAUUUUCCUCUUUGACGAAGCAUGGUUUGCGUAUGCAUGUUUUCAUCCCAUUUUGAAGUUCAGAACAGCCAUGACUGUGGCGGAUAAAAUGAGGAACCACGACCAGAAGAUGAUUUACAACAAGGUGCAUAAGAAGCUGCUGAGGAAGUUUGGGAAUGUAAAAAGUUUAAACGAGGUAGCAGCGGAGAAGCUACUAAAAACGAGGUUAUACCCAAACCCAGCUGAGUACAAAGUGAGGGUAUAUGCCACACAGUCCAUCCACAAAUCGUUGACAUCUCUCAGGCAAGGCAGUGUCAUUCUGAUCAGCGAUGAUAACUUCGAGUCUCAUGCGUACACCCCGUUUAAGGAAGCGUACUACACCCAUAUGUCGACCUCCCCCAAUUAUCAAAUCUUGGCCACGUUAGAUGCAGGGAGGGCUCAAAUGGAACUGGAGGGAUAUGGCCUAGUGGAGAAGCAAGUGGAAGCAGCGUUCCUCAUCAGGAAGGAACUAAGUGAGGACCCCAUGAUUUCUAGAUACUUCAGAACGCUCAACGCGGAGGAUCUAAUCCCGGAUAGUUUGAGACAGUGCCAUAAUAUGUACAUGAAGAGGAAGAAGAAGUGUACCAAGGAGGGUUACUCCUCUGACUCGAAGGGGAGUGUCAAUGGAACCUAUUCGUGUGUGUCAAACAACCAGGGUAAGGGAAGCACUACCACGAAGGAGCAACGUUCCAGAGGACUGCGAAAAGCGAGGAGGGGAGGAAGCGUCACGAAAUAUGAGCAGCCAAUACAGAGCAGCAACAUCUCCUCGCACGAAUGUGUAAAUGACACAAAUGGGUGCUCCAAUCAUGUAGUGAGAAAUUCGCUCAUGUUGGGGGAUUUUACCAAUAAUAAUAAUUGCACUGUGGAGGGAGGCCUGAACGACUACGGUAAUGGUGACCCUCGUGGGGGAGUCAAACUGAGCAGGAGAAGAAGCCGUAGAGAUGAGCGAAACGGAAAGGAGGGAGGGACAUCAGGAACGAUGGAUGACAGCAACAAUGGAAGCAUCAUCAUGAAUAGCGAAAAUGAUAACCUGAGCUAUGUACAAGAUAGGCAUAAUAAAAAUUAUAGCAGUUCCUCCUACUCAUAUGGGAUGAAGAAUUUCUUGGAAUAUUUCGAAUGCUCCUGGUUGAGCGAAGACGAAUUUGUGUUGGACCCCACCAGGAUUACACUAUUCACGGGUUACUCAGGAAUUGAUGGAGAUACCUUUAAGGUGAAAUGGCUCAUGGAUAGGUACGGCAUUCAGAUAAACAAAACGUCCAUCAAUAGUGUCCUCUUCCAAACGAAUAUCGGGACGACCGGUUCGUCUUGCCUCUUUUUGAGGAGUUGCCUCUCGCUGAUAUCUCAGGAGCUCGACCAGAAGAAGAGCCUCUUCAACGAGAGAGACCUAAACCAGUUCAACGAUAGUGUGUACAAUUUAGUCUCCAAUUAUAUAGACUUGUCCGAGUUUAGCGAAUUUCACCCCCUCUUCAAGAAGAGAUAUUCUGACCCUAGGGUGUUCAAUAGGGAGGGAGAUUUGAGGAUGGCUUUUUACCUAGCGUAUGAGGAAGAUUACGUAGAAUAUAUUUUAAUGGCCGACUUGAAAGAACGAAUAAGACAAAAUGAGUUGAUCGUUUCGGCUAGCUUCAUCAUUCCAUACCCUCCAGGGUUCCCCGUAUUGGUACCGGGACAGUUGGUUAGCCAAGAAAUCGUGGAGUACCUCUCAGGGCUCAGUGUUAAAGAGAUACACGGUUAUGAUGAGAGCAUAGGGUUCAGAUGCUUCUACAAUUUUGUCCUGGACUAUUUUUACAACCUGGUAACGUCCGACCCGUAUGGCUACUACCAUAAGAUAGAUAAGGGCACCUACGAUCGGUUGAAAUAUUCCAAUUUGAGCAAGCGAAGGAGCAUAGACAGUUCGUACCACCUCUACAUAUGCGACAAUGAAACGAACAGGAUGAAGAAGACGCAUGUGUGCAAUGGGAGCUUCUCGAUUGAUAAUCAUACCGCCAUUAGUGACACCUACGAGGAUGUUGUGCAGGUGAAUAAUUUGAGGAGUGAUCACGGACGGGGCAACCAUCACCCGGUUGGUCCGUAUGACGGUGGGAACAACGGAUCGGUGCCCACCAUUCCAACCUUGCCGCAGGUCGCGAAGGGGGUAGGCGAAGUCAACAAUGAGCAGGCCAUGCUCAGCGCCUCGGUGGGCAGCAUGUCCAAGGGCAACUUCGCCAAAGCGCGCGGAAAGGAAACGUUCAUCGCGAGGGAGCAGACCCGCGCCGACCGGAGACAGACGAAUGUAUAUUACAACCACUCAAACGAUGUGGUGAAGUACAGCCAGAGUAGCUCCCACGUUAGUAAGAUAAAAGAAAAUGUGUUAAUUGUUCAGGGCGGGAAAGCCUACGCCAGUUGUGAUGCUGGCAGGAGCUCCGCCAACUACCGCUAUCGGGAUGACCCUUCCAUGUCAGUGCCCAAGCACAGGAAGGGGAAGAAGUGCAAGGGGUGUAAAUCCUGCGGUGGAGGGAAGGGCAGCCAGGCGGAGUUAGCCAAGCGAAGGGGCCGAGCGGAGUGCACCCCCCACGAGAGAGAAGACACAGAUGAUUUCGCCAGUGAAGGCAGCAAGGAGGAUGAUGUCCACGCAGGGGGAAGACACCUCCCAGGCAGAGCUUCAAAUGGUAGAGUUACAAAGAAGGGGAGGAAAAAGAAUGCCGCCAAGAGGGCCUCGGCCCGGGAUAUAGCAGCGGAGGCGAGUGAGCCAAAGGACGCGGAUGAGAAGGCGGAGGAGAAAUUGGAUGAAAAAGAGGGUGACAAUACCAACAGCGAUGACGACACGACCGUGCCCGACGAGGACGGCGAGAGCACCUCGCCCGCGAAGGAAAGAAGGCGCGGCGGCAAAGCGCAUCACGUAGAAGGAACGGACAGUGGAAGCUACAUCACGAGGGAGAAAGGCAGCAGAGGGGCCAAGGGUCGAAAACAAAGAGGUUUCCGCAAUCGCAACCGCAACCGCAGCCGAAGCAGCACCGUGCAGAGUGACGCCACGGGGAACACUCCGAGCCAGGCGAAUCCCAUGACGGAAGUUCACCCCGUGAGGAAGGCGACAAAAAAUGAUAGACGUGAAGAGGACAGGUAUGGGGACGAGUUGGGGGGUGGCCCCACUCCAAAGAUGAGGCAGUCGAACCGUGUUAUGUGCAACCAAGCGGGGAAAAUUGGGUUGAGCACGCAGAGGAAGUCAGCAGCGGGUAGCAGUAAACGGGAGGAUAAUGUUGGAGGUGCGAGUGGACGUGCUGGCGGAAGCGCCAGUCGUUCCAGCGGGCAAGGCAGCGGCAUGACCCUCUCGGAGAACUACCAAUCAAGCGAGAGCCUAAACAAAAGGGGAGCCCACAGCCACCUCAGCAGGAAGAGUUCCAGUGGGCUCAGCGCGAGUGAAAAGGCCAACCAUAGUGCUACCUUAUGCGGGGGGAAAAAUGCGAAAAAAAAUGACCAAGAGGGGCACAAGGUGAAGGAAAUGAACAGCCCAAACGGGUCGGAGAGGAAAGACUCAAAUCAUGAAGCACUCUUAAAGAGAGAGAUUUUUAUUGAUGAGGAAGACCCAGACAAGGUAAUCGCGGACCACACUGGUAGUGACAACUGCUCGAAGAAUAGAGCCACUCCGGAGGUUCACCUGCCACGUAGCAGCGGCAGCAUUAGUGGUGGUGACGACGUCAAUGGCAGUGCGAGGAGAGCAGGAAGCCGAGUUGGCCUCCCCCUACACGCGAAUGGAAAUGAUGCCAAUAAUGGAACGCCAAACACGCAGGGGAAGAGUGAAGUAGCCUUCUGUGGAAAUGACUUUCACUAUGAUGAAGAGGAUCUGAAGAUAAAUUCUGCAGCAAGAGAAAACAGCGAAUUGGAGAAGAGCUGCAUGAGGAAGUUAAAUUCGCUUAACAAUAAUAGCUACAUAAAUAAUUUGAUAACACAUGUGGACGACGACACGUUUAUUCAUAAGGAGGGUAAUUUCUUCCUGGAGUGUGCCCUGACCAAUUCCGAAAUAAACGGCAGUUCCUUCGAGAUGGAAAUGUCCCUGAACAAUGUGUAUUCGAAUGGCGGCGAGGGGGGCAGGCACCCCGGGAGCUACGACGGAGGAAAGAAGAGCGACUUUGAGUAG